AUGUUCGACGCGCUUGUUGUUGUGAGGCUGACGUGCGUGGCAGUGGUCGGCGGCGGCACACGGCGUCUGUCGUGGUUCUUGAACGGACAGACGGGCGGAAGACGAGGGGGGUGCACCCUUGUCGUUGGUGGUUUUUCUUGCCGGGCCCUAUCGUUACGAUCGGGUGAUGCAGUAGUAGCGCGACCAAAAAGUAGCGGCCUGCUGUUGUUGUUGAAGAAGAAGAGUAUAUUGUUGUUGGUGGGAUAUGCGCGCGACCGGAGCGGCUGCCGGAGCAGGCUGGCAGUCGUCGUCGUUGUUGUUCAUGUCGCUGCUUGUCAACUCCGCGCAGCUCCGCCCUGGCAGGAUGGUCGCGAUAUGCUCGUUUCAGGAGAAGAUGGCAGCCAGCAGCGUGUCUGGCCCCGGCUCGUCAGCAGGACGGGAUGGUCGAUGGCAGCGCAGGCAGUUGUGGUAGGCGAGGCCAUGGGCCAGGAUGGAACGGAGGCGGUGGCCAAUCGGAGCGGCGCAGCGGUCGUGUAUUCGCAGGGUGAGCCUGGUCGCGAGGAGUGGGUGCUGUCGCGGGCGUGGUGCCAGGCGUGGUGCGGGAGACCGCACGAGCCACCGCGCUGGCCCCGAUGCGGCUGCUAG